AUGUCGGAGGCGCCGCCGGCCGCGGCGCCGCCGCCGGUGUUUGAGAAGCGGCUGCUGGUGACGGGCGGCGCGGGGUUCAUUGCUUCACAUGUAGUUUUGUCUCUUGUGAAGAACUAUCCAAAUUAUCUGAUUGUAAAUCUAGAUAAGCUUGACUACUGUGCAAGCUUGAAGAAUCUUGAAACCGUCUCCAAGAAGGAAAACUAUAAAUUUAUUCAGGGGGACAUUUGUGAGCCUCACUUUAUUAAACAGCUUUUUGAAACUGAGAAAAUUGAUAUAGUCCUUCAUUUUGCAGCCCAAACACAUGUAGAUCUUUCAUUUUGGCAUGCCCUAGAGUUCACCUAUGUGAAUGUUUAUGGCACUAAUGUGUUGGUUGCUGCUGCAUAUGAAGCUAAUGUGGAGAAGUUUGUCUAUGUCAGUACAGAUGAAGUAUAUGGAGGUAGCAUUGAUGAGGAAUUUGAUGAAUCUUCACCAAAACGUCCAACAAAUCCCUAUGCCUCCUCAAAAGCAGCUGCAGAAUGUUUUGUUCAAUCUUACUGGGAAAGGUACCAAUUUCCAGUUGUUAUUACCCGGAGCAGUAAUGUUUAUGGACCACACCAAUAUCCAGAAAAAGUUAUUCCAAAGUUUAUCUCUUUGUUGCAACAGAACAGAAAAUGCUGUAUUCAUGGUUCUGGACUUCAAAGAAGGAAUUUCCUUUAUGCCACUGAUGUAGUAGAAGCAUUCCUUACUGUCCUGAAGGAGGGGAAGCCAGGUGAAAUUUAUAACAUUGGAACUAAUUUUGAGAUGUCCAUUGCCCAACUUGCUAAGGAGUUAAUCCAUUUAAUAAAGAAGACCAGUUCAGAAUCUGAAAUGGAGCACUGGAUGGAUUAUGUCAAAGACAGACCCACCAAUGACCUGAGAUACCCAAUGAAUUCAGAAAAAAUGCAUAACUUAGGAUGGAGACCUAAAGUGCCUUGGAAAGAAGGAAUAAAGAAAACAAUUGAAUGGUACAAAGAAAACUUUCACAACUGGAAGAACGUAGAGAAAGCUUUGGAGCCCUUUCCUGUGACAGAGCCAUUUACACAGCUUGAUGUUCCAUAAGGUGGAAGAAAACCUGAAGGAAUUUAUUCUACCUCACACAAUUUUUUUCUUUGAAAUCUGCAAUCAAGUGACCGCACUGAACUUCUUAUGUAUUCCAGAUAUGAGAACCGUUAUGAAGAGAGAACUACAAUACCGCAUGACUUUGGAAGGGCUUUCAGCACUUUAUAUAGAUUUAACCUAUUAAUCUCAGCUCUUGGUGCAAUAUUAUAUCCUCAUUAGGUAUUGAUUUUCUUUUUUUAAAAAGAAUUCUACAAGACAAAGAAUUUUUAUAAUGCUGUAAAUUUAUAUAGCUGAUGUCAAACCUGACUUAUUCAUUUAGAAUAAGAAUAUUGUGAUUGCUACUACUAGGACUUCCAAUGAAAACUUUUAUUUGUUCUGAAAUCUUUUAUCUGUGCUAGUCUGUUUUUGCAAUGUAAUAUAUUUGUUCUGUCACAGUGAAGAAUUCUGUUUAAUUAAGAGGAAAAGAAGCUGAAGAGUAUAAUUCAAUUGAUAAAAGCUAUAUAUGAAUCCCAGAUGCUUCACAAUCCUUUUCUCUGUUGGUGCAGUAUUACUUUCUGCAGAUGACUGUUAAAGACCGUUACCUGCUCUAACUUCAAAUGUCUCUUCCUUCCCCCGCCUUUUCCUUCCGUGGCUCCCCGAUUCCUGCCCCCUCCCUGCCCCCACCCCCCCCCCCCAAAAAAAUGAAAGAGGUAGCAGAUAUUCUCAUUAAAAUAAUAAUAAUGCUUCCAGAAAAUUUAACUUCAAUGUCUGAUUUAGAUGUCAUCUUUAGUGUACUAUGGACUCUUUAAUUUCCUUCUUAUCUCUUAAACUGUAACAAGCUUGAAAUACUGUAAUACAGUUAACAUUCAAAUGAUGAAUCUUCCUUUGAUAUGAGGACCAUUUACAGAUAAAAACUUAAACGGUGUUUUUUGUUUUUAUUUUUUUCUGCUCUAGAGAAUUGUGGGUUGGCACACCUUAUUCAAUGCAGUGUUUCACAAGUUUUCUAUCAAAUAUUUUUAAAGAAGAAACAAUACUUGAGUUUUCAUUUUGAGGAAACUUCAAUUCUGUGAAUGUGUCAAUGAGAUUCUUUCCAAAGUUGAUUAUUAAUAAAAGUUACUGUGUUUG